AUGGUUGACGUACCACUCAAGCUCAACACUGGCGCCACCAUUCCCGCCUUGGGUCUGGGCACAUGGCAGAGCCCUGAAGGUCAAGUCCGCGCGGCCGUCGCGUACGCGAUCAAGUCGGGCUAUCGCCACAUCGACUGUGCCUAUGUUUACGGAAACGAGAAAGAAGUGGGCGAGGGGAUCAAGGAGGGGCUCGCCGCCGCGGGCAUCCCCAGAAGCCAGCUGUUCAUCACGACCAAGCUGUGGUGCACAUAUCAUACGAGGGUGGAGCAAAAUCUGGACAUUAGCUUGAAGCUGCUGGGCCUCGACUAUGUGGACCUCUACCUCAUACACUGGCCGAUUGCCAUGAACCCCAACGGCAACGACGAGAAAUUCCCCAAACUGCCCGACGGGUCAAGGGACCUACUCCGAGACAGGUCCCACGUCGACACGUACAAGGACAUGGAGAAGUUGCUCAAGACCGGAAAGACAAAGGCCAUUGGUGUGGCCAACUACUCGAAGCGAUAUCUCGAGGAGCUGCUGCCCCACGUCGAGGUGGUUCCGGCCACGAACCAGAUCGAGAACCACCCGCUGCUGCCCCAGCAAGAGAUUGUUGAUUACUGCAAGGAGAAAGGCAUCCUCAUUACCGCUUACAGCCCUCUAGGAAGCACGGGGAGCCCCCUGAUGAAAGACCCGCACGUGGUCAAGCUGGCCGAGGAGAAAGGCGUCACACCAGGCUGCAUUCUCCUGAGUUACCACAUCGCUAGAGGCAGUUCUGUGCUUGCCAAGUCGGUCACACCUUCUCGCAUUGACGAGAACAAGAAACUCGUCUCACUUUCCGAGGACGACCUUGCCUCGCUGGCCGAAAUCUCCCAGCACGGCGUCACUCGCUUUGUCUAUCCCGCGUUCGGCGUCGACUUCGGCUUCCCGGACAAAUCCUAG